UUUUGACAAUUAGCAAAAGAGUUAUUUUGUAUUUUUCAAAAAUACUUUAUAUUAACGAAAUGGGAGAUAAUCUACGGAGAAAGGUACUACAAACAUUCAGAAAGUUGCAUCGAACUCGAAUGAGUGUUUUUGUAGGGGAUGAACAUGCAUUAGAAGUUACAAGGAACAGGAUAAACGAGGAGUACAGGAAAUAUAAAAAUGUUACAAAUGCAGCUGCUAUUGAAGAGUUAAAUAAAUUUGCGGAGGAGGUAGAACACGAAAUGCGAACAACAAUAAUUCAAGCAGUUGAAAAAGAACCCGGAAAGUACGAACUGCGUAUUAGACCUGAUACAUUGAUAGAUAAUGUACCUUAUAUUGAUAAUAAUAAGCAAUGCAGUAGGAAUAAUGAGAAGAAUGUAGAUUUAGAUCCUACUUCAAAAGAUAAAGAGAAAUAAUGAUAAGUAAUUAUA